AAAAUAAUCCAUGGAGAAUGGCUAAUAUAAUCGUCACAGAGACUUCUGUUCUUGAAAAUCCUAUAACAGAAGAAAAUAAGAUGAGUGAAAGGCAAGAAAAAUAUACCCAAUAUGUAAAGAAGUUUGAAAGGGCAUUAGAACUGUAUCAAAGAGAAAUAGAUAAUGAUAAUUUUAUAAAAAACUUUGAUACCUUAGUUGGGCCAUUCAUAAAAGCAAUCGGUAAAUGUGAAGAAGCCUUGCAGGCUCAUAGACAGCAAGGCACUCAAAGAUUGA